UGCGUGGGUGAGGCUCUCGGGUCGGUGGGAGUUGCGGGCGACGAUGGGGAGGGUCGUGGUGCGUCAAGUGGGUUGUUGCGAGGUGCUGGAGUUGGGAGCCGUCUGGGCCACCAAGGCGGUUAGGCGUCUGAAAGUCGUCGUCAGCUCGCUUCUUUUCCCGGUUAAUGCGCCGAAUCCGUCGGGGUGGCUUGGCUCCUUCACGUACUCGAGACUGCUGCAGCGGGCGUGCCUGGGUGGGUGAGUUCGGAUGGAAGGUCGAAGGACGGGACGGCUACGAUGUCGCGAUGGGAGUGAAGAUGCGGUGCUGAAGAUGAAGAAUGGCCAGAGCCGCAGCGCGUGGGUGCCCGAGGGCUUUUGGUCGGGGGCGUUUCAGGCUGAGGCGGUGCAGUACAUUAGUGACAUGGGGUCCCCCAGCCAGGCCAAGCGCCCGGCCACGGCGCUUCUUUGGGCGCCCCUGAUCGCCAGGAUGCCCUCGAGGGCUCGUGCCUUUGUACGGAAAUUCCGGCGCUAUGUACAGUGUAAUCUAUUUGCCUGUGCAUUUCAUGCCUGCCAUCACGAUCCAGCUCGACCGCCGCACGCGGCAACGCAGCAGUGUGCACAUCGACACCGGUUGCCUUCGCCCCCGCUGCGACGACGACGCCGCCGCCAGCGACAAGAGCUGGGCGGCAGCGUUCGCCCGUUGGCAGUCUCUAGGCAGGAAUGGAUUACGUCGCCUGCAGGAGUCGGCCGGUCGCAAGCCGCCGACACCGAUGCCAUCCAGCGACGAGCCAACCACAGCACCAGCGCAGGGAGGCUGUGCUCGCGAACGCCUCCCUCAAGAGGAACCGCUUGCGAUGGCUGACAAUAUUCGUCCGUAUAGGAAGCCCUCGCAUGCACGCUUUGCUGCCGCUGGACCUGUCUCUUCGUGAGAGCUGAACGUGGC